CACCUAAGAUGACGCAAUCUCCGCGCGAGGUGGGCGGGGUCCCGCAAGGGCCUUAUUCCGAAGUGUUUCUCACCCGGGCGGAAGUCGUCAAUAAAGAAGCGGCGGCCGUAGGUGCUUGGUCUUCCGAUGAGACAGAGGACCAAAGAAGAAAAGUGAUCUUCCCAAAGUCACAGAAUAUUGGUGAAUCAGGUCAAGAACACAGGCUUGUAACUGCAAAGACCAGGGAGGAAUUUUUAUAUAUUCUCAUAGGAAAGAGAUCGAAGUUCUUUACAAAUCUUGCUGGAAAAUGCCCAAAGUCAAAAGAAGCCGGAAAGCUCCUCCAGAUGGCUGGGAAUUGAUCGAACCAACACUGGAUGAAUUAGAUCAAAAGAUGAGAGAAGCUGAAACCGAACCCCAUGAGGGAAAGAGAAAAGUGGAAUCUCUGUGGCCCAUUUUCAGAAUCCAUCACCAGAAAACACGAUACAUAUUUGACCUGUUUUAUAAGCGGAAAGCCAUUAGUAGAGAGCUCUAUGAAUACUGCAUUAAAGAAGGCUAUGCAGACAAAAACCUAAUUGCCAAGUGGAAAAAGCAAGGCUACGAGAAUUUGUGCUGCCUACGCUGCAUUCAGACCAGGGACACCAACUUUGGGACGAACUGCAUUUGCCGGGUUCCGAAAAGCAAGCUGGAAGUGGGUCGCAUCAUCGAGUGCACGCACUGUGGCUGCAGAGGUUGCUCUGGCUGACAACCGUGACUGUGGUAUUCUGGACUUUGGACUUUGUUGGUUCCUACCUAUUGGACCACCCCCCUUCCAGAGCAGCUCUUCUCAGAGUGGUGCUCAGAGAAGAGACCCAGAGGGGACAUGGGCUCUAGCGGUGAAGGCUUUCCAGUUGCUGAAAUCUGUAAAAAUAAAACCAUGAGACCUCU